ACCAGUGUUGCGCUCGGAGCACAACACACUCAGAGAGAGAGACAGAGGGAAAGAGAGGUGCUUCCACUCUCCUCUCCUGUGCCCUCAGCUAAACUGAUCCAGUGAAGUUAUCCAUACACAUAGGUGUCACAAACUUAAAUUUGAAGAUUAUUAUUUUUUUCUUCCUUUUAACUCGGGGCAGGAUUCCGUUUCUGUUUUCACUUUUCAGCUGCACAGCUGAAUGGUUCUAUGAGGAGAAAGAUGUCUGGGUGAAGUGAUUUUUACGCACGCCGCUGAAAUGGAUCACAGACUCUCCAGGGGCAGUUGGGUACCGGUGACCGGGCUGGUUAUUUGUCUGCUUCUGUGUGCGUGUGUAGUGGACCUGGUUCUUGCGCAAAUUCGGUACUCCAUUCCGGAAGAGCUGGAGCAUGGAGCUUUCGUUGGCAACAUCGCCGAAGACCUGGGCUUGGACGUGGCCAAGCUGUCAGCCCGUCGGUUUCGUAUCGUCUCCGGCGCAAAUAAGCAGUAUUUAGAAGUGAACUUGGAGAAUGGCAUUCUCUUCGUUAACGAGAAGAUAGACAGAGAGGAACUGUGCGAACGGAGCCCGAGCUGCUUUUUACACUUACAAGUGGUCAUUGAAAACCCGUUAGAACUAUACAGAGUGGAAGUGGAGAUUUUAGACGUAAACGACAACUCUCCCAGUUUCCCGUGGAGCGAGUUUAAUCUUGACAUCACAGAGUCGGCUGCGCCCGGCUCCUGCUUCCCGUUAGAGAGCGCACAGGACCAGGACGUGGGCACCAACUCUCUGCGUUCCUACCAGCUAAGCGCCAACGAGCACUUCGUGCUAAAUAUCCAGACGCGCAACGAUGGAAGCAAGUUUGCUGAGCUCGUGCUGGACACCCCACUGGACCGGGAACAGCAGAAAAAACAUGAAAUGGUUCUGACAGCGUUUGAUGGAGGUUCGCCGGAACGCUCUGGGACAGCAUUGAUAACAAUUUUAGUGUUGGACGCGAACGAUAACGUGCCUGUGUUCGACCGCUCAGUUUACCGGGCGAGCCUGGUGGAGAACGCACCGAGGGGGACGCUGGUGCUGAAGCUUAAUGCCACAGACCUGGACGAGGGCUCCAACGGAGAGGUGACCUACGCGUUUAGCGGGCACGCACCACUCAAGGUGCGAGAACUGUUCAGCGUGGACCCGUACACGGGUGAAAUCCGAGUGAAGGGCAUCGUAGACUACGAGAAAGCCAGUGUAUUUGAGCUUUAUGUGCAGGCAAAGGACCGGGGACCCUCUGCGGUGGCAGUGCACAGCAAAGUGCUGGUUGACAUCCUGGAUGUGAAUGACAACGCGCCCGAAGUCAUCCUCACAUCGGUGUCCACUCCGGUGCAGGAAGAUGCGCCACCGGGCACGGUGAUUGCUGUUAUCAGUGUCAUGGACCGGGAUUCGGGAGAGAACGGGAACGUCGAUUGCCAAAUUCCGAACAACGUUCCCUUUCAGCUCCACUCGUCAUUUAAAAACUAUUAUACUCUGGUGACGAGCGAGUUUCUGGACAGGGAAACUGUGUCCGAGUACAACAUCACCCUCACAGCCCGUGACCUGGGCUCUCCUUCGCUCUCCACCAGGAAAACAGUCCUCGUCCAAGUGUCUGACAUUAACGACAACCCCCCGCGGUUCUCUCAACCUUCAUACACAGUUUACGUGACCGAGAAUAAUGCCCCGGGCGCUUCCAUUUGCUCUGUCACUGCAUUCGACCCCGAUUCUAACCAGAACGCCUAUCUGUCGUAUUCUAUUCUCGAGGGUCAGAUCCAGGGCAUGCCCGUGUCCACUUAUGUCUCCAUCAACUCCGACAACGGCAAUAUCUACGCACUGCGCUCUUUUGAUUAUGAGCAACUUAGAAACUUUCAGAUCCUGGUCCAGGCACAGGACGCUGGUUUCCCCCCUCUCGCCAGCAAUGUCACAGUAAACGUCUUUGUCUUGGACCAGAACGAUAAUUCCCCGGUUAUUGUAUCACCGUUGCCCAAAAACGGCACCGUGGCCACAGAGGUGGUUCCACGGUCAGUAGACGCUGGAUAUCUGGUUACCAAAAUAACAGCGCUGGACGCGGACGCAGGGCAAAACUCCCGGCUGUCGUAUCAGGUGCUGCAGGCUACAGACCCUGGACUGUUCAGCGUGGCUCUCUACACGGGCGAAAUCAGGACUAUUCGCCGGUUGAUGGAAAAAGAUGCAACGAGGCAAAGACUGGUAAUAUUAGUCAAGGACAACGGGCAGCCUCCUCUCUCCGCCACCGUCUCCAUUGUCCUCACAGUGGUAGACAGCGUGCCCGAGUCACUGUCAGAUUUCGGAGACCUCACUCUCAGCCCACAGCCUUCCUCAAACCUCGCCCUCUACUUGAUCGUAUCAUUGAGCACCAUAUCACUAAUAUUCCUGGUGGCUAUCAUCGUGCUGGCCGCGGUGAAGUGCUAUAAGGACAGGGAGACCAUCAGCGGGUACAACCUGCCCCCUUUCGCCUGCUGCUGCUGUGGAGGGUUUCAGCCUGAGCCGCCCCCGGAGGUGUUCAAAAAAUCAAACCUCAACCUCCAGAUUUCAUCCGCGGCCAAAGUGCCCACAAACUGUAUGGAGGUGAAUGGAAACGGCAGCCUCUCUCAGUCAUAUUGUUAUAAAGUGUGCCUGACGCCCGAAUCUGCCAAAAGUGACUUUAUGUUUCUGAAGCCGUGCAGCCCUGGCAGCACACCGAGGAACAACGAGGCGAAGUGCGCAGAAAACUCGUGGAACGCACAAAGCCGUAGCGCAUCUGUGAACAACGGAGCAACUACUCCCAAUGAGCUGAAGCAGCCAAACACAGACUGGACUCUCACAAAGAAUCAGAACUCCUCCAUUAAAAGUUACAACUCUAUCAACAUGGACGGCACCCUGAUGCGUAAGGCCAUGCACGCAGACCCGGAGAACUAUGUCACCUCCAUGGCACCUGGACAGUACUGGACCUGGGGCACUCACAUGAGAGGCAUGAAAGAAUAUAAGAUGUCUCCCUCCACCAGUGGGGUCACCUCUCGCCCCUGGACUCCACGAUGCACACCACCUCCUCCCCAGCAGCAGCAGCCAUCGGUCCCCUCCCACCCUCCACCACACCCGCCACCUGACUACCACCACAACGUAUACAUCCCGGGGACGCCAUCUGGCUUUUGCACCCUGAGGCCCGCUGCACAGCGAAGUGAGCUGGAUGUCCACAACGCCUUCUCCACCUUUGGCAAGAAGCGGCGUCUUCAGAUGUCCCCCCAGGGAGAGGCUGCGAUUAUAAAUAAUGACUUGUACAAUGACUGAGUUCUAAAUGACUGUCUGAAAGGGUGAUGAAAAUGAUGAACGACCUCAUGUGAAUACAGAAGAAGAGACCGUUCAGUAUAUAAAUUAAUGAACAUAUGAUUUCUGUGUGGUAUGAAAGCUACACAAGACGUGCAAUCCACUGAAUAAGAGAAUGAACAAUCCACUUUGCCUAAAAUGCUGAAGGUAAAUUAAUUCUCAUGGAGUAUUUAUGCGAUAAGCCACAGCAACAUGGUACUUGUACAUGUCCGUAUAUUAUUAUUAUUAUUAUUAUUUAGACAAUCAAACUGGAGCAGUGGUUACAUCCAAAAUGUUUUGAAAAGCAUUAGUGGACAAUAAUUUUGCACAUCCUUAUGAAUUUAUAUUUCUAAGUUUUCUUAUGAUUUUUUUUGUACGUUUGUUUGCUAAUAGAGCUUGUGUGAAUAUGAGAAAUAGUAUCAUGAUGUAUAUGCAAGCUGCAAUUUGAUGCAGACAACUGUAAAGACGGGGGAUUCCCCACCACAUGUGUACUAUAUACAUUUAUGAAAAUAAAGUAUUUUUUUUCA